GUCCGCUUUACGCGGCAUUCUACUUCACAGCAAGAUUAGCACGAGGCAACUAACUGGACGUAGAUUGCUUAUCGCGUGAAUCGUCGCUGUUGCACCUAUCUCCUCGCUCCUCGCGUGAUCUUCCACCGACCGCGCGACCAUUGUCUUUUCGCGACCCUUUCUCGCCUGCGUUGGGACCAUGACUUCCGCUCGUGCCUUGGAGCACGCCAUUCUCGCUUCUAGCGUCUCCAAUACAACGCAUCAUCCAAUAACGCAUCAUGCCAGCUGCUCCUGCAGCCUAGGAGCUCUGCGUCCCCGCACUGCCCGGUUAUCGCUGAGCGCUUGUCCUGCGACGCCUGCGACGCUUACGACGCGGUCGCCAGGGCGAUUUUGCCGCUGGGUGCCUGCAAGGGCUGCCGCGGAUGACGCCGCGAAUGGCGGAGGUGGCGACAGGUCAGAUGCUGCGCCGGCGCCGGCAUUCUCGAUGAAGAAGGCAUCUCUAAAAGCGCGGCAGCAGACGUACGAACAAACGCCGGAGCAGACUGACCAGCUCGAUACUAUUCUCGACCUGGAGCUACAGAGCACGUUCGACAUACCGCCACGCCACUACGAGAUCAUAUUUCUGGUGCAUGAGGGGCGCACAGAGGAGACCCCUGCCAUCAUAGAGAAGAUCACAGAAAUGGUGAAGGAUGCUAGAGGCCAGGUGUGGCGAGUCAACGACUGGGGUUUGAGGCGGCUGGCGUAUCGAAUCCAGAAGACGUGGCAUGCGCAGUACAUCCUCAUGAACAUCGAGGUCCCCUCAGAUAAGAUCGCAGCGAUUGAAAAGGUUUUGCUGCAAGACGAGAGGGUGAUUCGGCACCUGGUGUCGAAACAGGACAAGGCAGAGAGGAAGAACUACCCUGCUCCUGUGAUGUACAAUGCGGUUGAGGGCGGUGAUGAUGGGUCUGAUGACGAGGACGAAGACGAGGAAGAGGAGGACGAGGAGUGGGAGGAUGAGGAUGAGGAUGAAGAGGAAGAGGAAGAGGAGGAAGGGAAGGAAGAGAAUGCACCAGCAGAGGUUGCAAGCAGGAAAGCAUGAUUUCUGCAAGACCAGUGCCUGAUUCGGCUCCUGGUCUCAAAGUAGGACAAGCCCGAGAGGAAAAACUACUCUGCUCCGAUGUACAAUGCAGCUGGGGGGGGCGAUGAUGAUAGGAGGAUUCGGAUGGUGAGGAGGGAGCGGAGGAAGAGCAGCUAUCAGACAAGGUUGUCAGUUGGAAGGCGUGAUGAUGGUUCUGCAGGGUAGACGGUGACAACGGAAUGCACUCUAGUCUCUCGUACAUUCCAGUUUCUUUCCAGGACCUCUCACAAACGUUUUCCUUCUGGAAAGAUACCGUCGAACGCAUGCUACAAUAACAAUCCCACCAUGUC